AUGUUUGGAUCGUCGUCCGGAGCAUACACGUUUUGGAUGUACGAGGAUGCCAAUGGGUCCUCCAUUAUCACUGUGAACUUCAUUUUUCCAGCGAGAGCGGUAUCAAGCCUCUCGAAGAACUUCUCCCAGUUAGCUCUGGCCUCAGGAGUCAUCGAGUCGGAAGUCUCCUGGAACACGCGGGAAUGCAGCUCGUCUCUGACCUGGCGCAAAAGACCUUCCAACGUGGUGAACCUUCCGCCAAGCGUUCCCGGAGUGAGGUCCAGAUUGAGCUCAGGAAUCUUCAGUCCACAGGUUUCAGACUUGAGAAUGUCUCUGGUCAGGUCUUCGGGAUCGUCACAGAAGAGCGUCACACGCUUUCCGCGGUCGGGCACUGCGCCUCCCGUCUUGACCUCGUUAGAUUUGUAG